AUGGAGGAAGUAGUAGCGAUAAAAAACACCGAGAUUGCGAAGCACCUGUCUCUUCCACCGGUAAAGCUCCACUGCAGCAUGCUCGCUGAGGAUGCAAUCAAGGCCGCCGUGAAGGAUUACGAGGCAAAGAAAGGGAAGCUGGCCAAGACAGAGGAGCAGGACAUCCCAUCCCCAUAA